AUGCCCAGGUUCAGAGCAGCCUCCUUGUGCGAUGAGGGAGAGUUUCUUUGCCGGGACGGCAGGUCAUGCGUGUCGGAGAGUUGGAUCUGUGAUGGAGAGCCCGACUGUCCAGAUUCCUCGGACGAAACGCUCUCCAGAUGCUCGCAGGAAGUGCUGGUUAGAUGCCCUCUGAAUCAUAUGCAAUGCAUCGGCACACAGGAGUGCGUUCACUUCAGCAGACUCUGUAACGGAGUGGCAGACUGCGAGGAUGGCUAUGACGAGGGUGUUCACUGUCGAGAGUUAUCAGGGAGCUGUCGUGAAUUAAGGUGUGAGUACAGCUGUGCGAUCAUGAGGAAUGGCACGACAUGUUUCUGUGGUGAUGGAUUCGAAGUGAAGGAGGACGGGAGAACAUGCAGAGACUAUGAUGAAUGCGCGGUGUAUGGGAUGUGCAGUCAGUCCUGUCUGAACGCCUAUGGCUCGUAUCACUGCAGCUGCACCGAAGGCUACAUCCUGCAGCACAACAGAAGGUCCUGCAAAGCCAAACACGAACCCGGGGACAAAGCUCCAGUGUUGCUGAUUGCUAAUCUUGACUCUAUGACAGUCACCUAUCUUAAUGGAUCCUCUGUGCCUAACCUGAGGUCAGUGGACAUGAGCGGGAUUCGCACUCUGGACUUCAGCCAUGGAGAAGAGACGCUGUGUUGGCUCUCCAGCAGUGAGUCAGCAGGGCAGCUGUGGUGUGCCAAGAUGACCAAACUUAAAGGGCUCUCUGAACCUCGCCACAUACGGGUCGGACAGAACAUACAGAAUGUGGAACACUUGGCUAUUGAUUGGCUGACUGGCAACGUCUACUUUGUGGACAGAAUCAGUGACAGAAUAUUUGUAUGUAGUGAGCAGGAUGGUACCUGUGUUACCAUUAUAGACCUGGAUCUUCAGAACCCCAAAGGGAUCGCCUUGGACCCACUGAUGGGAAAGCUCUUUUUCACCGAUUAUGGAAGUGUAGCCAAAGUGGAGCAAUGUAACAUGGACGGAACCAACAGAACCAGAAUAGUGGAGUCUAGAACAGAGCAGCCUACAGCUGUCACAUUGGACCUGGUGAAGAAGCUGGUCUAUUGGGCUGAUACCUACUUGGAUUACAUUGAAGUUGUGGAUUAUGAAGGCAAAAACAGACAAACCAUCAUCCAGGGGACUACAGUGUCAUACUUGUAUGGAUUAACACUCUUUGAAGAUUAUUUGUUUGCCACGUGUUCCGAGUCCUCUCAAGGUACUAAAGUGGACAUUUUGAGGAUAAAUCGCUUCAACAGCACAGACGUUCAGAGUGUCGCCUCUCUGGAGCAUUCCAAGGCGAUUCGUGUAUACCACAAAUUGACCCAACCCACAGUCAGGAGUCACGCCUGUGACCUUGACCUGUAUGGAAAGAAAGGCGGAUGUUCCCACAUGUGUCUUCUCAGCGGUAGCUACAAAUCACGAGUGUGUCGCUGCCGCGCUGGUUUCAUCUUGGGAACGGACGGCAAAUCCUGCAGAAAGCCGAAGAAUGAGCUUUUUCUGUUCUACGGGAAAGGGCGUCCUGGGGUCAUCAGGGGCCUGGACAUGAAUAUCAAAUCAGCCGAUGAACACAUGAUCCAGAUUGAAGGGCUGGUGAGCCCCCGGGCGCUGGACUUCCACGCCGAAACUGGACACAUAUAUUUCGCCGACACCACCAGCUUCUUAAUAGGGAGACAGAAAAUUGACGGGAGCGGGCGUGAGACCAUCCUUAACGAUGACCUGGACAAUGUGGAGGGAAUUUCGGUGGACUGGGCAGGAAAUAACUUGUAUUGGACGAAUGACGGCUAUAGAAAAACAAUUAGCGUGGCUCGUCUGGAUCUGUCCUCUCAGACCAGAAGAACUCUGCUGGAGGGAGACAUGUCCCACCCCAGAGCCAUAGUGGUGGAUCCUCUAAAUGGGUGGAUGUACUGGACAGACUGGGAGGAGGAUGAGGUGAAUGACAGUAUUGGGAGGAUAGAAAAGGCAUGGAUGGAUGGAUCUCACCGUCAGAUCUUUGUCACAUCUAGCAUGUUGUGGCCAAAUGGGCUAACCUUGGACCACGUGUCUGGAACCAUGUUUUGGUGCGAUGCCUAUUACGACCACAUUGAGAAGAUUUACCUUAACGGAACGCACAGAACGGUGGUCUACAAUGGGAAAGAAGUGAAUCAUCCAUUUGGAAUUGCCCAUUACCAGAACUAUAUUUUCUGGACGGAUUACAUGAACGCCUCCAUUUUUCAACUGGAUUUGCAGUCUGGAGAUGUCACUCUUCUGAGGAGUGAGAGACCUCCCCUCUUUGCGCUUCAGGUGUACAACGCACAGAGUCAGCAAGGUGAAAACGCCUGUCGGAUUAACUACGGAGGCUGUGGCACACUGUGUCUGGCCAUCCCAGGUGGCAGAGUGUGUGCGUGUGCUGAUGGACAGCACCUGGAUAACAAUAACAUGACCUGCUCUACCACAGCAGGAGGUCCAUGGCCAGCGAGGUGUGGGGGCGAUGAAUUUCAGUGCAGGAACCAGCGAUGUAUACAGCUGUCCUGGAAGUGUGAUGGAGAUGAUGACUGCCUGGAUGGCAGUGAUGAAGAGGCACACUUAUGCUUGAAUCGGACUUGUCCCGUGGAUCAGUUUAAGUGUCUGAACAAUCGCUGCAUUCCUAAAAGAUGGUUAUGCGAUGGCACAAAUGACUGCGGGAACAAUGAGGACGAGUCCAAUCUCACUUGCUCUGCUCAGACUUGCCAACCUGGACAGUUUUCCUGUCAGAAUGGGCGAUGCAUUCCGGAGAGCUGGCGUUGUGAUCGAGAUGAUGACUGUGGCGACCAGUCAGAUGAGACUUCCUCCUGUGAUUUCCCGACUUGCCAGCCUGUUACCCAAUUCAGCUGCUCCAACAGCAGGUGCAUCAGUAUCAAAUGGCACUGUGACUCUGAGGAUGACUGUGGAGAUGGCAGUGAUGAGUUGGGCUGUGUUCGUGUGUGUGGUAAGGGACAGUUUCAGUGUGCCAGUGGGAAGUGUAUUCCUGAUCACUGGAUAUGUGACGGGGACAAUGACUGUGGAGACCUCAGUGAUGAGAACACAACCUGCACUGGGACAGCACCUUCAGUUCCUGUUAACGACUGCAGUGUGGAGGAGUUUUUUUGCCGUGACGACGGCACGUGUGUCCCUGAGCGCUGGCGUUGUGACGGCGAUAAAGACUGUGAGGAUGGCAGCGAUGAGGAGAGCUGUGAGGGAACCAGGCGCCCAUGUGACACCACAGCCAAGUUCACCUGCAAACUCUCAGGGAAAUGCAUUAGCAAGAGCUGGGUUUGCGACGGCGACCACGAUUGUGAAGACCUCUCAGAUGAGGAGGGGUGUGAACUGUUCAUCUGCAAACUCCCGAAAUACCCCUGUGCCAAUGACACCUCUGUCUGCCUCCCGCCCGAGAGGAUCUGCAACGGACGGAGAGACUGCGCUGACCAAUCAGAUGAGGGGCCUUUCUGUGAUGAGUGCUCUCAGAUGAACGGCGGCUGUAGCCAUGAGUGUGCUGUAGCUCCUGGUAAGGGCGUAGUUUGCUCGUGCCCGGCAGGGCUGAACCUGGGCUCUGACGGGCGGACGUGUGAAGUGCUGGACUAUUGCAGUAAACACCUGAAGUGCAGCCAGGUGUGUGAACAGGACAAAAGCACAGUGAAGUGCUCCUGUUACCCAGGCUGGAAACUGGAGCCGGAUGGAGAGAGCUGCCAGAGUACAGAUCCAUUUGAGGCAUAUAUAAUAUUCUCCAUAAGACAUGAGAUUAGACGGAUUGACCUCCACAAAAGGGAUUACAGUCUGCUUGUCCCCGGCCUGAGGAACACCAUCGCUCUCGACUUUCACUUCAACCAGAGCCUGCUCUACUGGACCGACGUGGUUGAGGACAAAAUCUACAGAGGAAAAUUCGCUGAGAGUGGAGGAGUCAGUGGGAUUGAGGUGGUAGUACAGCAUGGCCUUGCCACUCCUGAAGGGCUGGCUGUUGAUUGGAUAGCUGGGAACCUGUACUGGAUUGACAGCAACCUGGAUCAAAUUGAAGUGGCCCGGCUAAAUGGGGAACUGCGUAGCACGUUGUUAGCCGGAGGCAUGGAACACCCCCGGGCGAUAGCUGUGGACCCAGGACAAGGAGUUCUCUUUUGGACAGACUGGGAUGCCACGUUCCCGCGGAUCGAGGGAGCUUCCAUGAGUGGCCAGGGACGCCAUGUGGUCUUUAAAGACAUGGACUCAGGAGCCUGGCCCAAUGGGCUCACCCUGGAUCACAUGGAGAAGAGAAUCGUGUGGACAGAUGCCCGCUCAGACGCGAUAUACUCCGCUCUGUAUGAUGGCAGUGGAGUUAUUGAGAUACUGAGAGGACAUGAGUUCCUGUCCCACCCGUUUGCUGUUUCGCUCUAUGGUGGAAACAUUUAUUGGACAGACUGGAGAACCAAUACGCUGACCAAAGCCAAUAAAUGGACAGGUUCCAACGUGACUGUGAUCCAGAAGACUAGCGCUCAGCCCUUUGACCUGGAGAUCUGCCAUCCCAGCAGACAGCCACAAACCCCUAACCCCUGUGAGGGGAAUAGGGGCCGUGGGCCAUGCUCCCACCUGUGCCUUAUCAACUAUAACCGCACUGCUUCCUGCGCCUGCCCCCACCUUAUGAAACUCUCUGCAAACAACCGCACCUGCCAAGCUUUGAAGAGAUUUCUACUGUAUGCAAGGCGCUCUGAGAUCAGAGGUGUGGACAUAGACAACCCUUACCUCAAUAUCAUCACCGCCUUUACCAUCCCUGAUAUUGACGACAUCUCCAGCAUGGAUUACGACGCGACGGAUGAGUGGAUUUACUGGGCCGACGUAAAAACGAGAACAAUAAAGCGAGCUUUUAUUAAUGGGACUCGUCUGGAGACCGUUAUAACAGGAGACUUGGUGAACGUACGCGGACUGGCCUUGGACUGGCUCUCUAGGAACGUGUACUGGAUGAGCACUGACAACGAUGAGACGCAGAUAAACGCAGCACGCUUAGACGGCUCCUUGAAGACCUCUGUGGUCUACGGCAUUGACAAACCCAAGUGUCUGGUCUUGCAUCCUUCCAAAGGAAAAAUGUACUGGAGUGAUGGAAAUACUAUUAACAUGGCUAACAUGGAUGGAAGCAACAUCAAGAUUCUACACCAGAACCAAAAAGACCCAGUUGGCCUGUCAAUAGACUACUCGGCCAAUAAGCUUUACUGGGUCAGUUCUGGCAAUAGCACCAUCAACAGAUGUAAUCUGGAUGGGAGUGGCCUGGAGGUGAUUGAUAGCUUGAAGAAAGAGUUGCUCAAAGUCACAGCCCUGGCCGUCAUGGGUGGAAAGUUGUGGUGGGCAGAUGAUGUGUUGGCUCAGUUGGGGAUAGUGAACAAGAAGGAUGGGAAAAACUUGGUGGUUUUACGGAACAAGACCACAGGAGUGGUCCACAUGAAGGUUUACGACAAAGAUCGUCAAAGAGGUCAGAACCCUUGUCAGGUUGGUAACGGAGGAUGCUCUCAGCUCUGCUUCCCGACCUCAGAGAGCACACGCACCUGCUCCUGCACUGUGGGUUACAGUCUCCGCGUGGACCGACUGACAUGUGAAGGUGUGGCAUCAUUCCUAAUGUAUUCAGUGCAUGAAGGAAUCAGAGGAGUGUCUUUGGAGCCGAACGAAGUCUCGGAUGCCAUAAUGCCCGUGAUGGGCACAGUGCUGGCUGUGGGUGUGGACUUCCAUGCUGGAAAUGAUACGGUGUACUGGACAGACAUGGGCACAAACAGAAUCUCCCGUGCUAGCCGUGAUCAGACAUGGAGAGAGGACAUUAUCACCAGUGGAAUUGGUCGAGUGGAGGGAAUAGCUGUGGACUGGAUUGCUGGUAACAUUUACUGGACGGAUCAUGGCUUUAACUUGAUUGAGGUGGCGCGGCUUAACGGUGCCUACCGCGCUGUGGUGGUUUCAGAGGGACUUGACCAACCCAGGUCUAUCGCACUGCAUCCAGUUCGAGGGUUCAUGUUGUGGACAGAAUGGGGCCAGAACCCCAGGAUUAGUCGGGCCUGCAUGGAUGGCUCUGACUGGACCGUACUCGUCAACUCUGAAAUAACUUGGCCAAAUGGACUCUCUGUAGACUAUGAGGAAAACAAAUUAUAUUGGUGCGAUGCUCGCACUGACAAAAUCGAGCGGAUCAACCUUGAGAGCGGCAAAGAGCGGGAGAUUGUCGUGUCAGCGAGCCACGCGGAUCUGUUUUCAGUGGCGGUCUUCGGGGCUUACCUCUACUGGUCUGACAGGGCUCACGCCAAUGGCUCCAUCCGGAGGGCGCUGAAGAACGAUGCCAUGGAAACGGAGAUGGUCAGGAGUGGGCUCGGGGUCAACCUGAAAGACGUGAAGGUCUUUAACAGAGUGCGGGAGAAAGGUACAAAUCCCUGUGGCAGGAACAACGGAGGAUGCCAGCAGUUGUGUUUUUAUCUAGGUGGCGGGAGGAAGACUUGCGCCUGUGCCCACGGAUACCUGGCUGAGGAUGGGCUGAGGUGCCACCGGUAUAAUGGGUACCUGCUUUACUCAGAGCGAACCGUCCUCAGGAGUAUUCAUCUCUCUGACGAGAAGAAUCUCAACUCGCCCAUCAAACCGUACGAGAACCCGGCUUACUUCAAGAACAUCAUCGCUCUGGCCUUCGACCAUCGCCAAGGGACCGUCGGCGCCAAUCGGAUCUUCUUCAGUGACGUUCACUUUGGGAAUAUACAAAUGAUCAAUGAUGACUGGACAGGACGACACAUCAUAGCUGAGAAUGUGGGAUCAGUUGAAGGUUUGGCAUACCACAGAGCCUGGGACACCCUUUACUGGACCAGUUCUACCACCUCCACCAUCACCAGACACACUCUGGACCAAUCACGUCGCUCCGCCUUUACCCGAGACGCCGUGGUAACCAUGUCUGAGGAGGACCAUCCGCAUGUACUUGCCCUAGAUGAGUGCCAAAAUCUCAUGUUCUGGACUAAUUGGAAUGAACAGUAUCCAAGUAUCAUGAGGUCAACACUAACAGGAAAUAACAUCCAAGUCAUUGUUAGCACAGAUGUUGUUACACCUAAUGGACUCACUAUUGACCACAGAGCCGAGAAGCUUUAUUUCUCUGAUGGCAGUGUGGGGAAAAUCGAGCGCUGUGAUUAUGAUGGUUCACACAGAUAUGUCAUUGUCAAGUCAGGUCCCGGAACAUUCUUCGGCUUGGCAAUUUAUGGCGAUUUCAUCUUCUGGUCUGAUUGGGUGCGGAGGGCAGUUAUGCGCUCCAAUAAGUUCACAGGAGGGGACGUGAAAGUGCUUCGAUCAGACAUUCCACACCAGCCAAUGGGAAUUGUUGCCAUUGCUAACACCACCAACAGCUGCGAGUUAUCUCCCUGCAGGGUUAGCAACGGAGGAUGCCAUGACCUUUGUCUUCUGACCCCACAGGGUGUGGUAAACUGCAGCUGUCGAGGAGAGAGGAUUUUACUGGAUGAUAACAGAUGUGUAUCUCAAAACUCUUCUUGUAACAUUCAUACGGAGUUUGAGUGUGGCAAUGGAGAAUGUAUCAACUAUCAGCUGACAUGCGACGGCGUAGCUCACUGCAAAGACAAGUCGGACGAGAAAAUGCAAUACUGCGAUAACCGAAAUUGUCGACAAGGCUUUAAGCCAUGCUACGGCCAGCGCUGUGUGGCUAACAGCCGUUUUUGUGACGGAGUCGAUGAUUGUGGAGACAGUUCGGAUGAAGCCUUUUGUAACAAUUCAACAUGUUCGCCCACCGAAUGGCGUUGUCAGGAUGGGCCAUGUAUUCCUCUCUCGUCCUGGUGUAAUCAGAUCAUUGACUGCGCAGACGCUUCCGAUGAGAAGAACUGUGAUAAAACGGACUGUGUGGAUUACUACAGACUGGGCGUGAGAGAGGCAGCCUUCAUGAGCUGUAACUCCACGUCUCUGUGCGUUCAUCCGUCCUGGAUCUGCGACGGAGCCAACGACUGCGGGGAUUAUGCAGAUGAAGCCAACUGCCAGGUUUCAAGCAGACACAAGUGUGAGGAAGGUCAUUUUGCAUGUCCAAGUGGGAACUGUAUCUCGAGUGUGUGGCUAUGUGAUGGACAGAAGGACUGUGAAGAUGGUGCGGAUGAGUACCAGUGUGACUCCUCCUGCCUGUGGAACCAGUUUGCCUGCUCAAAGAAUAAAUGCAUCGCCAAACAGUGGCUGUGUGAUGGAGAGGACGACUGCGGGGACGGACUGGACGAGAGCAAGGAGAUUUGUGGGUCAGUGACCUGUGCUCCAGGGUUGUUCAGUUGUCCAGGCUCAUAUGCCUGUGUACCCCAACGCUGGCUGUGUGACGGAGAGAGAGACUGUCCUGAUGGCUCAGAUGAGCUGGCUGUGGCAGGAUGCGCACCCAAUCACACUUGCGAUGAGGGCUCGUUCGAGUGUAGGAAUCAGAAGUGUAUCCCACGGCGAUUUGUCUGUGACCAUGACGACGACUGUGGCGACGGCUCCGAUGAGUCGGCAGAAUGUGACUAUGGCUCCUGCAGGGAAGGAGAGUUCCGCUGUGCAGAUGGGAGGUGUUUGCUGAGCGCCCAAUGGGAGUGUGAUGGAUACUCAGAUUGUCCUGACCAAUCAGAUGAGCUGCCAUUGAACCCAAAAUGCUCCGCUGCAGAAAGCUUGUGCAAUGGCUCAUUUUUUAUGUGCGCUAACGGGCGCUGUGUUCCCUUGCGGAGCGUGUGUGAUCAGAGAGACGACUGCGGGGAUGGCUCCGAUGAGAGGAACUGCAACCUCAACGAAUGUUUGAACCGAAGAGUUAGUGGCUGCUCCCAGGACUGCCAGGACCUUCCUGUAGGGUACAAGUGUACAUGCUGGCCAGGGUUCCAGCUGAAAAAUGAUGGUAAAACGUGCGUUGACGUUGACGAAUGUUGGCCUGGCUUCCCCUGUAGCCAUCACUGCAUCAACACUUACGGAUCUUAUAAAUGCACAUGUGCAGAUGGCUAUGAAGCCUUGAACAGUAAUCCAAAUAGCUGCAAGUCUCUUUCAGCCGACGAACCUUUUCUCAUUCUGGCUGACCAUCAUGAAAUACGAAAGAUUAGCCUUGAUGGAUCAAAUUACACUCUCUUAAAACAGGGGUUGAAUACUGUCAUUUCAUUAGACUUUGACUACAGAAAGGAGCUGAUCUAUUGGAUUGACACAAGCCGACCCAGCGGACGCAGGAUAAACAGAAUGAGACUAAACGGCAGUGACCUCAAGAUUGUUCACAGGACAUCGGUGCCCAAUGCCCUGGCAGUGGACUGGAUUGGGAAGAACCUGUAUUGGUGUGAUGCAGAGAGGAAGAGUGUGGAGGUGUCAAAGGCUAAUGGACUCUACCCGACAGUACUGGUCAGCUCUGGCCUCAGAAACCCGACAGAUCUGGCCCUGGACACACUAACUGGAUACAUUUUCUGGAUCGACUGCUGUGAGUUUCCUCACAUUGGCCGUGCUGGCAUGGAUGGUAGCAAUCCCAAAACGAUCAUUGACACAGGGCUACACCGUCCCACGGCCCUGGUCAUCGACUACAUCAACAAAAGACUCUACUGGGCUGAUGACAACCAUAUCCUCUUCGCUAAUAUGGAUGGCUCAAAAAGACAAAAAGUGCCUAAUCAAGACAUCCAUGGGGUGAUGGCUCUGGCCUUGUUUGAGGACUACGUUUACUGGACUGAUGAGAAGUCCAAGUCCCUCAGCCGGGCCCACAGGACCUCUGGAACACUGCACACACAACUGCUGAGUGCCUGGCAAACUAUCAGAGACAUCACGGUGUAUCAUCCUCUACGCCAACCUGAUGUGCCAAAGCACCAGUGUCAGGUGACAAAUGGGGGAUGUAGCCAUCUGUGUCUGCUCUCUCCCGGUGGAGGCUUCAAGUGUGCCUGUCCCACCCACUUUUACCUGGCCGCUGACAACAAGACCUGCCUAUCCAACUGCACCGCAAGUCAGUUUCGCUGUGGGACAGACGAGUGUAUUCCAUUUUGGUGGAAGUGCGACACAGUGGAUGACUGCGGUGAUGGAUCUGAUGAACCAGCGGACUGUCCGGAGUUUAAAUGCCAGCCCGGGAGGUUCCAGUGUGGGACAGGCCUGUGUGCUCUUCCGCCUUUCAUAUGUGACGGAGAGAAUGACUGUGGGGAUAAUUCAGAUGAAGCCAACUGUGAUUCAUAUAUCUGUCUGUCAGGGCAGUUUAAAUGCACUAAGAAACAGAAGUGCAUCCCGAUUAAUCUGCGCUGUAACGGGCAGGAUGACUGUGGGGAUGGGGAAGAUGAGACUGACUGUCCUGAAAACACAUGUUUACCAAACCAGUUCCAGUGCAAGACUACAAUGCAUUGCAUCUCCAAACUCUGGGUUUGCGAUGAAGACCCUGACUGUGCAGACGGAUCUGAUGAGGCCAACUGUGAUGAAAAGACCUGUGGCCCACAUGAGUUUCGCUGUAAAAAUAACAACUGCAUCCCGGACCACUGGCGCUGUGAUGGGCAAACUGACUGUGAAGACAACUCAGACGAGGAGCACUGCAAGCCAGUUACAUGCAGCUCAAAAGACUUCCUCUGUGCUAACGGGGAGUGUAUAUCUUCUCGCUUCCGCUGUGAUGGAGAUUAUGAUUGUGCCGACAACUCUGAUGAGAGAGGAUGUGAGCCUCACUGUGCUGUGGACCAGUUCCAGUGUCUGAAUAAUCUCUGUAUCUCUCUCAAAUGGCUCUGUGACGGACAGCAGGACUGCAAAACUGGUGAAGAUGAACUCAACUGCCAAAGCUCUGUUGUGCCAUCCUGCUCUCUGAGUGAGUAUGUGUGUGCCUCGGGAGGCUGUGUGUCAGCUAGCCUACGGUGCGACGGGAAAGAUGACUGCGCAGACGGAUCAGAUGAGGUGGACUGUGUGAGAGAGUGUAAGGCAGAUGAGUUUCUCUGUCGGAACCGAGCCCACUGCGUCCCCUCUCGCUGGCGCUGUGAUGGAGUCCUUGACUGUUUGGACCGCAGCGAUGAAGAAGACUGUGACCAGGGUGCAUUCUUUUGUCGGCCAGACGAGUUUGUUUGUAACAACACGUUGUGUAAGCUACAUGUGUGGGUGUGCGACGGCGAGGAUGACUGCGGUGAUAACUCUGACGAAGAUCCUGAUAUGUGUGUUAAGUUCCCAUGUCCACCAACAAGGCCCUUUCGCUGCAGGAAUGACAGAGUGUGUCUGAGAACAGAACAGAUCUGUAACAGGGUGGACGACUGUGGGGACGGAUCAGAUGAGCAGGAAUGCAAGGAGACGGUGAGGAGACGCAGGCCUUGCGGGAAAACGGAGUUCAGCUGCAGUAACAGCCACUGCAUCCCGGCCCAUCUGCAGUGUGACCUGUUUGAUGAUUGUGGGGACGGAGGCUCAGACGAGCAGGACUGUAAAGCAUUGUCUGUGGAAGAUGCGUGUAGGGGGAAAGUGAACUUAUGUGGAGAUGAUGCACACUGCAACCAAACGAAAACAAACUUUGUGUGUCAAUGCAAGACAGGCUUUCAGAGGAAUCAAAGGACCAGACAGUGUGAAGAGGUUAAUGAGUGUCUUCAGUUUGGCACCUGCUCUCAUUACUGUACAAACACCAAAGGCUCAUACAAGUGCACCUGUGACAGAAACUUUAAAGAAAUAGAUGGUGAAUGUAUUACUAAAGGACCCGAAGACCCCGUACUCUACAUAGCCAACGACACGGAGAUCCGAAGUUUUGUGUACCCGUUUAACCAGAGUCACGGGCACACGCUUCUGUCUCGUAUGGAAGACAACGCACGCGUCAUCGGAAUGGCCGCUCUGUUCCAGCGACACAAGUUUGUGUGGGCCACGCAGUUUAACCCUGGAGGGAUUUUUUACAAAGAGCUGACAGACCGGAGUCAGGCCAAAGCACCCAGUGGAAUCAUUUGUCCAGAUUUCCGUCGGCCCAGAGACAUCGCUGCGGACUGGGUGACAGGGAACAUUUACUGGACAGACCACUCUCGCAUGCACUGGUUCAGUUAUUACACUGCUCACUGGAGGAGGCUCAGAUACUCCAUCAGCGUGGGCCAGCUGGGGGGUCCCAACUGCACGCGGCUGAUAACGGACAUCGCCGGAGAGCCGUACUCCAUAACCGUUAACCCGGUUAGAGGCAUGAUGUACUGGACUGUGAUUGGAGAUCACUCUCACAUUGAGGAGUCAUCAAUGGACGGUUCCUUGCGUCGUGUUCUCCUGGAGAAGAACCUGAGGAGACCCACAGGACUGACAAUUGAUUAUUUCAACCAGCGGUUGUACUGGGCUGACUCAGAGCUGGCUCUGAUCGGAAGUGUCAGAUUUGACGGUUCCGACAUUGUGGUUGCCGCUAGCAGCACUCACGGUAUUUCGCAGCCAUUUCGAAUAGAUCUCUUUGAGGAUUAUAUCUAUGGAACAGGACUGAAGGGUGACGUGUUCAGGGUCCAUAAGUAUGGGAAAUCCCCUGUGGAGAGGCUCCAUCUGGGAGUAGAGAGGCCCUCUACCAUAGUGGUCUUCCAUCGUUACAAACAACAGGAUGUGUUGAACCCCUGUCUGAAGAUGAACUGUGAGUUCCUGUGCCUUCUCAGUCCUAGCGGUGCCAGUUGUUCAUGCCCAGAGGGCAAAGUUCUGGCAAACAGAACCUGCGUUGACACCAAUGUGUCGGGAGACUUAUGUCGGCCAGCGUGCGAGAACGGUGGUCACUGUGUGGUGAACGAACGGGGUGAGUCACGGUGCCUCUGCUGGCCAAAUUUCUCUGGGCUACGCUGUGAGGUCAACCACUGCAAAGAUCACUGCCUGAACGGGGGCACCUGCACUGGGUCCCCACUAGGUAAGCCUACGUGUCGCUGUGCUCUCGGUUUCUCUGGCCCAACGUGUGAGAUAAGGAUCUGUGAUGGCUACUGCCUGAACGGAGGGACCUGUGACGUCACGACCGGGAACCAGCCGCUCUGCCACUGCCUGGCGGAGUACACGGGUCAGCGCUGCCUAUACCAUAUUUGCCAUCACUACUGUGUGAACUCGAGGGCGUGCACGCUGUCCAGCAGUGGUCACGUGGAGUGUGUGUGUCCGACGCGAUACGAAGGAGCAAAGUGUGAGGUGGACAGGUGUCUUCGCUGCCAUGGAGCUUUGUGUAUUGUCGACAAUGACACAGGAGACGUGGCCUGCAACUGCACCAACGGCAGAAUCGCUUCGAGCUGUCAGCUGUGUGACGGUUACUGCUAUAACGGGGGAACAUGUCACCUGGACUCUGAGACAGGUCUCCCUUUCUGUCACUGCACAGAGGGGUUCAAAAGCCAGCGUUGCGAUGAACGUAUCAACCCGUGUGAUUACUACUGUCAGAACGAAGGGAUUUGCACCUUAAGCGCCUAUAACAAACCUCGCUGCAAGUGCUCAGCUGAUUGGUCAGGCACACAGUGUGAGAGACCAGCCCCAAAGAGCAACCAUGCCGACAAUGUCAGCGGGAGAAGUAUAGCCAUCAUCGUACCACUGGUUCUGCUGGUCUUUAUCAUAGCCACCGUGGUUGUGGGGAUCCUCAUCUGUAAAAGAAGGCAAAAGGGCAAAGGUCAACAGCGCCAACCAAUGAUUAACGGAGGACUGAAUGUAGAGAUUGGGAACCCGUCUUACAACAUGUACGAGGUCGACCACGACAAUCACGUGGGUCACUUCCUUCACCCCAGCUUCACAUUAGACCCCCAAAAGGGUUGGUGUGUGAGAUCCAGUGACCCUCGCAAUUUAUCUACACAUUCUCUGCCCGUACACACACUCCCUAAGGAACUCAUUCCAGGACAGGCCAUGAAUUACUCAAACCCAGUUUACGCAAAGAUCUACGUGGAAGAACAGCCGUGUCGAAAGCCCGUCAUCAACAUCAGUGAAGGAAGACAGCUUUUUUCCAAGAGACUGGAAGUGGCAAUUCGCGAGACCGCUGCAUAA